CGUAAAAGAAAGUAUUCCCAAAAGUUGGUAUGGUAAUGCAUUAACCUGAUGGAUGACACGGGUAGCCAAUCCAAAGACAUCAAUGUGGUGAUUGUUCCUGAGAGCGUUCUCCAAGCAUUUGAGGCGUCGUCCCAUUUAGACUUGGAAGAAAAUGAGAUUCUAAAUUUCAAUGAAUUUGAGGAGAAACAAAAAACGAAGGAAAACGUGAAACAUGUGUGGCUGGAUAUGCCAAUGGGGGAAUUCCCUCAUGUGGGACCAACUCCUGAAUGUAGUGAAGUAACUUUAAGCAAAGAUGAUGUUAAAAACUCGAGUGAUGAAACUGUUUCAUUAAAAUUGUUCCAGAAUUGUUUAUUUAUAAAUAACGCCAACACAGAAGGAGUUGGGACAAGUUUGAGCGCAAGUGAUUCAACUUUGCAGGGCUGUCUUAAUAUGACGGUUAAAAGUGUUGAAAACAUUGGAGACAAGAAUAUAUAUACAUUAACCCCUACCACCAUGGAGGGUAUGGAAGUUGGGGGUACCAAACCAAAUGAUGUAGAGUGUCAAGUUGUGCCAGAAGAUUUGGUCCCUGGGGACUGCGAGGAUAAGCUCUCCUUUGCGCUGAGCGAUGAAACUACUUUGGGAUUUGUGAACUCGAAAAAUUUAACAGCGAGUCAAUUAUGUGAAUUGAGUUAUAUAAACUCUGAUUCAGAUGAUAAAAGUAAAACCUACAAAUGUAAGUUCGCGAAUUGUAAAUGGUCCUUUAGUACACCUUAUAAGUUAAAGCGACACAUCUCGUCACAUUUGAAACAAAAAUCAUUUUUCUGCGAUUUUCCUGGUUGUAAUAAAUCCUUCAUGAACAAUUACAACUUAAAAGCUCACCUGAGAACUCACACCGAGGUAAUACCUGAACUUAUAUGUAAAACAUGUGGUGUGGAACAACCGAAUAAAAGACAACUAGAAGCCCAUGAGAGGAAGGAACAUAACGCAGCUCCGAAGCUUAAAUGUCCGCACUGUCCUCUUAUGUUUCACACACAAGCAGGUGUGAUGUCACACAAGAGGGUUCAUAAACCGAAAACGCAACAAUACCCAUGCCCGUUAUGUGAUAAAGUUUAUACGAAGAAGUUUUCAAUUAAACUCCACAUGCUGACGCAUACAGGGGAGAAACCAUACGCAUGCGACAGAUGUAGUUGGAGGUUUGCCAACCUAUCAAGGCUUAACAGACAUAUGGCAUCGCAUAAAGAAAAAAUGUUACGAUGUACUUACAGCAAUUGCGACAAAGUAUUUUACCGUAAGGACCACUUGUAUUCACAUAUGAGGACCCAUUCGUACAAUGAAAUAAAGAAUACAAACAGUGAAAUCAUCACCAACCUACAACAAAACAAUCAACAAACUGAAAACGAACCAAAUUUGUCGACAAUUCGGGAUAAUGACAUCACACCCCACCAUACCGACCAUCUUUCCAUCGGACACGAGGUCGAGGUGGAUGAUGAAAUUAACUUCAACGCGGAGGAUGACCAACCUCCCAAGUCCGAUCUUCCAUCCUCCUGGACCUCGCCGCUUCUCUCCUCCGGGAGUUUGGACGAUAACCAUAGAAAUAACAGUGAGGAUCAUCUUUUCAUGGAAGAAAUGUCAGGGUUGGCCGAAUCCACUUCAAAUAAACUUCUGACAUUGGAAAACGAUAUUUGUAACGCCACCACCACGGACAACCAGUUUGUGCUCCAACCAUACGAGAUUGACAACGAAAGUUUAAACUUGAUCGAAAGCGACAAUCACCAUGAUCUUACAGAGUUCAGAAUAUUGAGUACAUCUGAAAACGAAGUUGCGCCGUUAUUUAAAGAUACUUUGGUUGGAUCCCACUCUACACUAAGCCGAACCCAUUUUUCUGGGACCACGAUUAAUUUAAACGACUUGCAGUAAAAAAUCCAGUGAUUUUUAUUCAAUCAUCGUAUACUUGAAUAUUAU